UCUGCUUAGGGUUCUCAGUGCGGGCGACAGCGCUGGUGAACAUGGCGGCGGAAGGGAUGAUUUUAACAAACCACGACCAUCAAAUCCGAGUCGGAGUUCUCACAGUGAGUGACAGCUGCUUCAGGAAUCUCGCUGAAGACCGCAGUGGGAUCAAUCUGAAAGACCUCGUACACGACCCCUCCCUGCUGGGAGGAACAAUCUCUGCCUAUAAAAUUGUCCCUGAUGAAAUCGACGAGAUUAAGGAGACACUGGUGGACUGGUGUGACGAGAAGGAGCUCAACCUCGUCCUGACUACUGGAGGAACUGGAUUUGCUCCCCGUGAUGUCACACCAGAGGCCACAAAGGAAGUGAUUGAGCGCGAGGCCCCAGGGAUGGCACUGGCUAUGCUGAUGGGGUCCCUCAACGUCACACCACUGGGCAUGCUCUCCAGACCUGUGUGUGGCAUCAGAGGUAAAACCCUCAUCAUCAACUUGCCUGGAAGCAAGAAGGGCUCACAGGAGUGUUUUCAGUUCAUCCUGCCGGCGUUGCCCCACGCCAUCGACCUGCUGCGGGACGCCGUCGUCAAGGUGAAGGAGGUGCACGACGAGCUGGAGGACCUGCCCUCGCCCCCGCCGCCGCUGUCCCCGCCCCCUGCCAACAGCCCGCACAAGCAGACCGAGGACAAGGGCGUCCAGUGCGAGGAGGAGGACGAGGAGAAGAAGGACAGCGGCGUGGCGUCCACCGAGGACAGCGCCUCCUCCCACAUCACUGCCGCCGCCAUCGCCGCCAAGAUUCCAGACUCCAUCAUCUCCAGGGGGGUCCAGGUUCUUCCCCGCGACACGGCCUCCCUCAGCACUACGCCCUCCGAGUCGCCACGCGCCCAGGCCACCUCGCGCCUCUCCACCGCCUCCUGCCCCACGCCCAAAGCACGGCUCCCCUCCUGCUUAUCCACUUAUAGUGUUUCUGAGGCCUCACGGAGAGAGUUCAGGGCUCACCUGGAUGAGGUCAUCACGCUCAAGUCAAGGUACUCUACCUUGGACCAGGUGCAGUCACGAUGCAGCAGCAAAGAGAACAUCCUGAGAGCCAGUCACAGCGCGGUGGACAUCACCAAGGUGGCGCGGAGGCACCGCAUGUCCCCGUUCCCCCUCACUUCCAUGGACAAGGCCUUCAUCACUGUGCUGGAAAUGACCGCUGUCCUGGGCACCGAGAUCAUCAACUACAGGGAUGGGAUGGGGCGAGUUCUGGCACAGGACGUCUACGCCAAAGACAACCUGCCCCCAUUCCCUGCCUCUGUCAAGGACGGCUAUGCUGUCAGAGCGGCUGAUGGCCCUGGAGAUCGUUUCAUCAUCGGGGAGUCACAAGCUGGAGAGCAGCCCACCCACACGGUGAUGCCUGGUCAGGUGAUGCGGGUGACGACGGGCGCGCCCAUCCCCUGCGGAGCCGACGCCGUCGUGCAGGUGGAGGACACGGAGCUCCUCCGAGAGUCAGAGGAUGGCACAGAGGAGCUGGAGGUGCGGAUUCUGGUGCAGGCACGUCCCGGUCAGGACAUCAGGCCCAUCGGACAUGACAUCAAACGCGGGGAGUGCGUCCUGGCCAAAGGCACCCACAUGGGCCCCUCCGAAAUCGGGCUCCUCGCCACCGUGGGCGUCACCGAGGUGGAGGUGCAGAAGUUCCCCGUGGUGGCGGUCAUGUCCACCGGUAACGAGCUGUUGAACCCAGAAGAUGACCUGCACCCUGGCAAGAUUCGGGACAGCAACCGGUCCACGCUGCUGGCCACCAUCCAGGAGCAUGGCUACCCCACCAUAAAUCUGGGCAUCGUCGGAGACAACCCUGACGACCUCCUCAAUGCUCUGAAUGAGGGCAUCAGUCGUGCUGAUGUCAUAAUCACCUCAGGGGGCGUGUCCAUGGGUGAGAAGGACUACCUGAAGCAAGUGCUGGACAUUGACCUCCAUGCCCAGAUUCACUUUGGACGAGUCUUUAUGAAACCAGGUCUCCCCACGACGUUUGCCACGUUGGACAUAGAUGGAGCUCGCAAGCUCAUCUUUGCUCUGCCAGGUAACCCAGUAUCGGCGGUUGUUACCUGCAACCUCUUUGUUAUUCCUGCCCUGAGAAAGAUGCAGGGAAUCCUGGACCCUCGGCCAACCAUCAUCAAAGCCAGGUUGUCCUGUGACGUGAAGCUGGACCCGCGCCCAGAGUACCACCGUUGCAUCCUGACCUGGCACCACCAGGAGCCCCUACCGUGGGCACAGAGCACGGGGAACCAGAUGAGCAGUCGGUUGAUGAGUAUGCGCAGUGCCAACGGGCUCCUGAUGCUACCUCCCAAAACAGAGCAAUACGUGGAGCUGCACAAGGGCGAGGUUGUGGACGUCAUGGUCAUAGGGCGGCUAUGAUGUCAUCUCAAAGGGACGGAGGACGGAGGGAGGGAUGCGAGGGAGGAAUGGUUUACGGUGCAUGUCCACAUAUCAUUGACUAUUCUGUAAUAUGCAACGGCACAGCUAGUUUUUAUUGAUUUGGAUAACGUUGAUCAAGUAUAGUCAACAUC